CCUCAAAGUACAUAAACUUCGGCCAAAUACAGACAACAAGGAUUAUUAUUCAAUAUAUUAUAUUAAAUGUAUGAAAUGUUUAGUAUUGUCGAUGAAUUACUCCGCUUGGAAAGCAAAAGAUUCGCGAUACGUCACGAUACGACAACGCAUAUAGUUUCUACGUGGAAAUGAUUUCCUGACGUGUUAUAAAAUCGAUGCAGAGUGAACAGUCUCGACGCUCGAUCGUUCUAUCAAAUUACAAAGACGCAUACGAAUAUGUAAAUCCUCGCGUCGAAUUUACAAAGUUAGACGAAGCGAUAAUCUUGCCGAAUAAGCCGACUUCCGCGAUGACAUCGACGUUACCAGAAGAAGAUAGUAAAACGGCAAAAAUAAAGCAGAGGUUGAUGAGUAACGGCCACAUAAAGGAAGAAAAGCGUUCCUUCUUAAAUUUCUCGCGAGAAAACUUGAGCGUCUCACAUUCCGAUCUUGAGCAAGGAUUCAACAGAUCGCGACAAAGACCGAGCAGAAACAUGAUUUUGAAUGUAUCCGCUCUCAUAAUCUCCAUUCUUUGCCUCGGUCUUGUAAGCUGGAAGCUGAAUUCGAACGCGCGCGAAAUUGAGCAGCUGAAGAGGAAUGUCAACAACUUGAAACGAUUUCUGGAAUUAGAUCUCAUUAAUGAAAUAAAAACUCUCAAAGAAUUGUACGCAGAGUCCAGCGAAGAUAAUGAUCCAGGCGAGGCGGACAUUGAUAACGCCGAUUAUGACUCUAAUUACGACGAUUCUACAUCGCAUGACUAUACCGAUAAUCCCCGUACUCUUUUGACUUAUGGCUCUAGGUCAGUGGACUUUCUGAAAACUACAUCGGUACCUACAUCCAUGGAUCCUCAUAAGGCUAUUGUUAAAAACAAACAAGAAAAUUACAAGAAUAUCGAAGAACGUCUUGAGGAGAAACGCACAUCAUUAAAUCGCGAGAAGAUUGGCGAUGCAAAUAGUACAGAACAUCAACACGAUAUCACCACGAGAAAUACGUCUGCUAAUACAGGAUAUAUUAAAGAAAGUAUCAAAUUAAAACGAUCUGUAAGCGAUCAUACAGUGACCGAUGACUCUUUGAUGAAUACGUCGAAUUAUCAUCAUGCCGGACGAUAUCCUACUAAGAAGACUCUCCGAAACAUGUCCAAAACGCAUCCUUAUACAAACAACAAAAGCCACACAAAUAAUACUGAAAUCGCACUUCUGGAACACACAAAUUCAACACCACAUUCUCCGAAGAAGUAUCACACCCACGCGCGUCUGGAGACAUUUCCUUCAAUGCACGAUGACCAAUUAAGCGAAGCAAUUAUUCAGCCUAACAGCCGUAUGAGCGACAACUUAGAAAGUGUGAGUGGCGAUGGAGUUAAUUGGCGGAAUCGCGAUAUCAAAGAAAUCGAAAUUCACAAAUCUGUUCAGGUUUACGCUAUUCAUUACGGUGCGGAUAGCGCGCUCUUCACCGCGGAGGAUGAGCACACCGGCAACGGGAGAGCGCGACACAACCACGACAUCUUCAAGGCAUGGCGACCAAGCGGUUGGGUGGCCGAUCUCGAUAUGAACAGGCACUUUACACUUGCUACUAGCGGUACUCUCACUGUGCAUGAACCAGGAUUAUAUCUGGCAUACGCGCAGAUUCACUAUGUGGACGUGCACGAUGAGAACGGUUUCCGCCUCCUAGUCAACAACCAAUCUAUUUUACAAUGCAUGGUGUAUAGCCCAGGCAAAGGACACAAGAGCCGUUCAUGUUUUUCAGCCCAAGUGACUGUUCUGCAGGCAGGUGAUCACCUAGUCCUGAAAGAUAUUGGUUCAGCAAGAUAUACUCUCUUUCAACGCGAUAAAAGUUUCUUCGGUUUGGUGAAACUCGGAGAACUCAGACAGCAGCAGAAACAUCAAACACAACAAUUGACACAUCAUUAAUUUAAAACGCUUUAAAAUUAUCGGCAACAUUAAGAAAAUGAUAAGCGAUUUGUAGUCAUCGAUUUCUUACCCUUAAAAGGGAGCUUCAAGUUGGCGAGAGAUUUGUAUCUAAUGUAUUAUAACAAUCUUUCUACUCUUGCGUGAGCAAUAUUAUUAAUAAUUUCAUUUUGUAAAGAAAUUACAUUAUUUCUUUGCUAUAGAAUUUUUUAUAAAUUUUAUAAAAAUUGAUUAGUACGCGCUGCACGUUAUUUUCGUUUACAUAAAGAGAAUCUCCAAAUAUUUUAAUUCGUUUAUAAAAUGUUAUAUAGAAUAUGUAUGUUCACACAUACACAGAUAUAUUUGUAAAGGAAAUAAUAUAUACAUAUAUAUUUAAGAACAAAGAGAAAAAUGUAUUAUUAAAAUAGUAAAACUA